AUGGACUCUCGCCUACUGCUCAGCCCGGGCAUUCCCACAUCGGAGCCGACCGCUGCCGUUGGGACCGGGGCGCCGUGGAACAUCAGCGCCGUGAGUGCGCACCGGCUGAUGGAGCUGCCUCCGCUCGCCACAUCUGUAUCCAUCGUUCCCAGACAUCCUUUCCCGACAGUGGAUGUCCCAGACCACGCCCACUACACCAUUGGUGCCGUCAUCCUGGCCGUUGGCAUCACAGGCACUGGGAACUUCCUGGUCAUGUACGCGUUCUGCAGGAGCCGGAGCUUGCGUACCCCAGCAAAUAUGUUCAUCAUUAACCUCGCCAUCACAGACUUCCUGAUGUGUGUGACCCAGGCACUCACCACAAGCAUGCACAAGAGGUGGAUCUUUGGAGAGAAAGGUUGUGAGUUGUACGCGUUCUGCGGGGCUUUGUUCGGUAUCUGCAGCAUGAUCACACUGAUGGUGAUUGCGGUGGACCGCUACGUGGUGAUCACCAGGCCGCUGGCCUCCCUAGGGGUCAUGUCCCGCAGGAAAGCCCUCUGCAUCUUGGCUGCAGCCUGGAUCUACUCCAUGGGCUGGAGCCUGCCCCCCUUCUUUGGCUGGAGUGCCUAUGUCCCAGAGGGCCUGCUGACGUCAUGUUCCUGGGACUACAUGACCUUCACCCCGGCUGUACGCUCUUAUACCAUGUUGCUCUUCACUUUUGUCUUCUUCAUCCCCCUCUUCAUCAUCAUCUUCUGCUACUGCUGCAUCUUCAGAGCCAUCAGACGCACAACCCGGGCAAUAGGAAAGAUCAACAGUGGGGAGAACAGAGACUCUGUGAAGAGGCUCCAUAAGAUGAAGAGUGAGUGGAAGAUGGCAAAGAUCGCUCUCAUUGUCAUUUUGCUCUAUAUCAUAUCCUGGGCCCCCUAUUCCUGUGUGGCGCUCACGGCAUUUGCAGGGUAUGCUGACAUGCUGACUCCCUACAUGAACUCUGUUCCUGCUGUGAUCGCUAAAGCCUCCGCCAUCCACAACCCCAUCAUCUAUGCCAUAACCCACCCCAAAUAUAGGUCGGCUAUAAGCAGGUAUAUUCCAUACUUGCGUGUGUUGCUGUGUAUUCGCGGUAGAGACCGCCUCACCAGCAGCAGCUUUCAAUCCACCCGCCGAUCAACCCUCACUAGCCAAUCAUCAGAGACCAGCCGCCCCACCAAGCCCCGCCUCUCCUCCCAAUCCGACAGCGAAUCCGGGGGCUUCUCGGACACGGAUGCGGACCUCUCAUCUCGGACGUCUGUGAGUCGUCAGUUGUCCUCUGAUGUUAAACAGGUUAGGCAAGCCAGCCAGAGGUCAAAAGCGAGGGGUCGUGACUUGGGAAUGUUUGAGAGAGCUGCGGCCCACAACCCCUCUGACCCCUCCAUAUGUCGCCUAUCACAGAUCACUACUGUGACAGAUGCUGAGGAUAUCUCCAUGUCUGACAUCAGCCUCCAGUCAAACAAUCGCCUGCCUGCCACUUUGGAAAACGUGGUGGAGGAGAUGGGGAAUAAGGAAGUGUCCUCCGCCAUCGGAUCCUCCAUGUCCUCCCCUUCCUUCAUGCAUAGCCAGGCAGGUUUCUGUGCCAACAAAACCAUUGGCCUCCAAUUGACCCAAACCUCCAGCUGUCUCGCCAAGGAGCCCCUAGAGGUAGCCAGGCUGGAUGCACCGUUGCAGUGCAUUAGUGGACAAACAUCCAAUGUGGGCGUGUGA